UAAUAACUGCUUGAUGUACAUUGAUCCAGCUGACACUAAGGCCUGGGCUGAGGAAUUGAAAGAGUAAGAUUCCGCAUUAACCCUAGUUAUCAAGGGAAUAGAAAACAAAAAGUGGAUUUUCAGAAACCCAAGAUCUAUACACAAAAGGAGAUGAAAUUGAAACAGACAGAAUUCAAUCCUGUUUUGUAGACUUUUCAAAAUCCAGAAAGGGAUGUUAAGGAGAAGGAGAAGGAUUUUCAGAAGACAUCUACAUUGGCAUAAAAGAAAAUGGUAUUGUGAGUUUAGAUUUGAUAGGAAAUGGUGAAGAAAUAUUUGCACGAAUAUGAUUUAGUUAAUUUGGAGCAAGUUUAAGGAAUAGAGAGACCAGAUGAGAGAGAGAAAACCAAAUAAUGUUUAGUAUACAAUUCGAAUUAACUGUUAGUUACCACCCAAUUUUAAUGAUUACAAUAUAAUUACAAAUGAGAAGAAGAGUGAAGAAUAUUACAAAAACAUGAAGGUAGUUGUUCAGAAACGAGUUCAUGAGAAGCCGGCGGUUAAUAGGAACAAGAGAGAUUUCAAUAUCAUCACAAACAAGUUAGAAAUUAUAAGUAUUCUCAAGGUUUCUGGAAAAUCAUGAAUCAAAAGCUUAUGAAUAGGAGGCUGCUGUCAUGUCUGACAUCAAUGAUAAAUGUAAAAGAGUUAGGAACUAUGAUAUUGUUGCAGGAACCUUUUAUAAUGAUGACAAAGAAUAAGAAUUUUAAUAGUACUUUUUCCAAUAAAAAUGAGGAAAUUAAAAUAGGACUAAUUGAAUCAUGGUAAACACUUCAACGAUAGAUUUCCACCCUCUUGGAAGUUCAGAGAAUCAGUGUAUUUAGAUUAAACAAAGGAGAUCCCAGAGGAAAUCAAAAUGAUUGAUGAGAUCAAUAGAAAUCACAAGAAGCGUUAUGAAAUAAGGCAUGUCUUGGAAAACGAAUACCGAGAGAGGGAUCUCUAGGAUCAACUGAGAACUCAAGACAGAUUGAUAAAGAGACAUAAAUAUGAUGAUUUGAUCAAGAAGUAUGAUAAAGGUAAUCGUAUUUAACAAAUUUACAAAUAGAAUUUGAUAUCAUUACUUUGGAGAAACCAGAAAUCGAUCACAUUGUUAAGGCAUUGCCACCAAAGCCUCCUUUGAAUUCUUGGGAUAAGGUGCAGAUGACAAAGUCAGGCUCUGAUGCUCCUAUUAAUGAAGUGAGUAUACCUGAAGGGGUUGAUUUUAAGGAAAAUGGUUAAAAUAGGAAUGAUUCAUAAGGGAAAGUGAGGUUUCCAUAAGUGUAUAGACAAGGAAGUGAGAAAUCAUAAAAGUCUGUCUCUAAAUCUAAUAAAUCUGGACCUAAAUCAAUAGCUCAAUCACAGAAAUCGAAUCCUGUAGGAACUGAAAUAAAAUCUGGAGGAUUUUUUUGAUUAUGG